UUAUUCGGCAUAUGCGUAGAAAUUGAAGUAAACCAUUUUAGCUAUGCUAAAACAACGCAAUCGGGUGGAGUUACUAUUUCUAAUUUGAAAGUGACACCGGCUCCUUUGAAAAAGAAUGCACAACUUCCAGCCACUCUGGAACGUCACUCGUUUAUUCCGUUCACGUAUACAUCAAAAGACUUAUCUACGUACGAGGUUCUUUACUCUUUGAUUGGUUUAUUCAUGGAAAACAUAGGAGUACACCAUGUUAAAGCAGCAGAAGUCCACAACAAGAGCGUAUUGGCUUUCGAUAUUGUUCAAAUAAUAGAAGCAGAAGCAAAUUUUUAUGUGAACUAUACAGUUCUUUCGAACAAGCCAGUUAAUAUCGAUCAAAGCAAAUUAUCGUCAUUGGAUAUUGAGAUUGUUGAGUUCAAUAUCCAAAAUGCAUCGUUGCCUGAUGAAUACCAUUUGAUAGUUGCCGACGAUAUUCAGUUUGAUUGUACAUUAUUGGGUAAAAUUUCUGCGGCUCUAGCUCCGAGAGGAUUUGUUCUUUUGGUCGAAAAUACGGAUGCCAUUUCUACGUCAACACUGACAUCAUUUAAUCUCCAAAUGGUGACUGUUAUUGAAAACGAUAAUAAGAAAUACUUCCUAUUAAAAAAGCUUUCACCUAAAUACGAGUACUCAAUUUUCAACAUCGAGGAUGAACAGUUUUCGUGGGUUGAAUCAUUGAAAAAAGAACUAGCCGAUAUUAAAGGAAAUACAAACAAAAAAGUUGUAGUUUAUAGUGAUAAAAAUAUCAACGGUGUUCUUGGGCUGUCUAAAUGUUUAGUAGAAGAAUUUGGUGGUGAAGAAAAUCCCAUUAGGUGCAUACUCGCCGAGCCUGGUAAAAAAUAUACUUUGAAAGAUUUUGCCACACUGCUUGAAAUCGAUUUGUUCUUUAACGUGGAAAGAUAUGGAAUUUGGGGAUCCUACAGACAUUUACCGAUCGAUGCAAGACUUGCUUCAAUUGUUCAAACAGCUGAUGCUCAAGUGUCCGUACUUUCCAAGGGUGAUCUGACAACACUUCAAUGGGUUCAAUCUUCAAAGUAGAUAUAUUAUACUACAUUUUCUUAUCAUAAAUGGU